CCAUGUUGCUGAGGACGCCCUCACACCCACAUUGCCCCGCGCGUCGCCAUGUUGCUGAGGACGCUUGCCCUCCAGCUUCGCCUAUGUCGGUUUCACUCGACCGCCCGCGGGUCGUCCGGGGCCAGGGUGGCUGUGGUGCUGUCAGGCUGUGGAGUGUUUGAUGGCUCCGAGAUCCAUGAGGCCUCAGCGAUCCUCGUCCACCUGAGUCGAGGAGGUGCGGACUUCCAGGUUUACGCCCCGAACGUGUCGCAGAUGCACGUCAUUGACCAUGUAAAGGGGGAAGCAGCUGCAGAGAGCCGGAACGUUCUGGUGGAGUCGGCAAGAAUUGCCCGUGGUCAGGUUCUGGAUCUGGUCCGUCUCCGAGCCGAGGAUCACGAUGCUGUCAUCUUCCCUGGUGGAUUUGGGGCAGCCAAGAACCUCUCGACAUUUGCCACAGACGGGAAGGACUGCCAAGUGAUUCCAGAUGUCCACAGAGUUCUGACCGAGUUUCACAAGGCACAGAAACCCAUUGGUCACCCAGCUACUCGCCUCCUGCAACUUUGGAGUGACUACUUCCCUGUAACUCUGAUCGAUGAUCUCCUCACUCUCCUGUACAAGCCAAAGGUCGUCCAGCUGCUGCUCCAGGUCCCUAACACGGUCUUCAAGGAGCUGCAGCCGGAUGCACUUUACACAGAUGCUCCCUGGGAAACUUUGGGUCUCCCAGGACUCAACAUCCAGCAUGAAGAACACACAACAGCCAUUUACUACACCAGGUUGUGCUUUCCCAACAACACACAAGCUGUUGGAGGGACUCAGCAGGCCAGGCAGCAUCUGAGGUUUCAGGUUGAGACCCUUCAUCGGAACUCGCAGUUGAUGUUAGGCUGUCUUUAAAGAGAAUGAACCCUGAUGGAGUAUCUGGAAAGGCUCUGAAAACCUGUGCCACCCAGCAAGCGGGAGUAUUCAAGGACAUUUUCAACAUCUCACUACUACGGACGGAAGUUCCCACUUGCUUCAAAAAGGCAACAAUUAUACCAGUGCCUAAGAAGAAUAAUGUGGGCUGCCUUAAUGACUAUCACCCAGUAGUAAUCACAUUGACAAUGUUGAAAUGCUUUGAGAGGUUGAUCAUGACUAUACAGAACUCCUGCCUCAGUAAGGACCUGGACCCAUUGCAAUUUGCCUAUCGCCACAAUAGGUCAACCACAGAUGCAAUCUCAAUGGCUCUUCACACGGCUUUAGAUCACCUGGACAACACAAACACCUACGUCAGGAUGCUGUUCAUACAAUAGGGUCUUUAAGAGACUUUUGGAUAGGAACAUGGAGCUUAGAAAAAUAGAGGGCUAUGGGUAAGCCUAGUAACUUCUAAGGUAGGGACAUGUUUGGCACAACUUUGUGAGCUGAAGGGCCUGUAUUGUGCUGUCGGCUUUCUAUGUUUCUAUGACUACAGUUCAGCAUUUAACACCAUCAUUCCCACAAUCCUGAUUGAGAAAUUGCAGAACCUGGGCCUCCAUACCUCACUCUGCAAUUGGAUCCUCGACUUCCUAACCGGAAGACCAUAAUCUGCGGAUUGGUGAUAAUAUCUCCUCCUCGCUGAUGAUCAACACUGGUGUGCUUAGCCCACUGCUCUACUCUCUAUAUACCCAUGACUGUGGGGCUAGGCAUAGCUCAAAUACCAUCUAUAAAUUUGCUGAUGACACAACCAUUGUUGGUAGAAUCUCAGGUGGUGACGAGAGGGCGUACGGGAGUGAGAUUCCCCUCCCUCCCUCUGACCCACAGUGAGAUUCCCC